AUGGCGGACUGGACCCCCAGUUCUUGGACCACGAAGCCUAUCAAGCAGGAUGUCGUGUACGAGGACGCACAGGGAGUGAAGGAUGCUCUCACGAGACUCCAGAAGCUCCCCCCCGCUCGUCACUACUCAAGAGGUGCGGCGCACUACAUCGCGAAUCUCAAGGCUAGCUUGAGAGAAGUCGCUCUGGGCAAUGCCUUUGUCUUGCAAGGCGGGGAUUGCGCCGAGCUAUUCGACUACUGUAACCAAGAGAUGAUCGAAGCCAAAGUGAAGCUACUGCUUCAGAUGAGCUUGGUCCUAAUUUGGGGCGCCAAUAAACCCGUUAUCCGUAUCGCACGAAUCGCUGGUCAAUUCGCAAAACCCCGUUCUAGUCCAACUGAGACCGUCAACGGAGUCGAAAUGCCCUCUUUCCGAGGGGAUAACAUCAACGGCUUCGAUGCCGAUCCUGAAAUCCGUAAGCCCGACCCAUCACGCCUCGUGUCGGCCUACUUCCACUCCGCUGCAACUCUCAACUACCUGCGUGCAUCGCUCUCUUCCGGACUCGCCGAUCUGCAUUCCCCACUCGACUGGGGCCUCGGCCACGUCAUCACACCGGCUAUCAAAGAGCAGUACAGCAAGAUCGUAAGCGCAGUCAAGGAUGCCCUCCGUUUCAUGCGCACAGUUGGAAUCGACAAAGACCGUGGCGUCGAGACUGCCGACAUCUACACCAGCCAUGAAGGCUUGUCGCUUGAAUACGAACAAACACUUACACGAAAUCUCCGCGACCCCAUCGAGCGUUCCGCACGGAACAUCGGCAGCGCAGAGCCCACGUCCAGCUUCUAUGCGACGUCGGCUCAUUUCCUCUGGAUCGGUGACCGCACACGCCAGCUCAACGGCGCACACAUCGAGUUCUUCCGCGGCAUCGCCAACCCCAUCGGCAUCAAGAUCGGGCCCUCCAUGGCCGCCGACGAGCUCGUCGCCCUCCUGGACGUGGUCAAUCCUCGCAAGGAAAUCGGCAAGGUCACCCUGAUCUCCCGCUACGGCGCGAGCAAGAUCGCGCAGUUCCUGCCCGGUCAUAUCGCGGCCGUGAAGGCUUCAGGCCAUGUCCCUGUCUGGCAGUGUGACCCCAUGCACGGCAACACACAGGCGACCCCAUCAGGCGUUAAAACGAGACAUUUCACGGAUAUCCUGGCAGAGCUAAAGCAGGCGCUGGAGAUCCAUCGCGCUGCUGGGUCGUUCUUGGGCGGCAUGCAUCUCGAGUUGACGGGCGAGGCUGUGACGGAGUGCGUCGGCGGUGCGGCUGGAUUGACCGAGGAUGGGCUCGGUGAGAGGUACACGACUUUCUGUGACCCUCGAUUAAACGAGAAACAGGCGCUUGAACUGGCGUUCCUGGUGGCUGGUUUCUACCGCGAGGAGGAAGGUCAGUAG